AUGCAUAAACCUUUAAGAUGGCUAAUAACGAUAGCCUUCUACGUUUCGAACGUUAUAUUAAUAGGCUAUUCCCUUUCUAGUAAUGGCUCAAUAUCUGAAUUUUAUCUGCAUUCUGUUGUACUUAUUGAAUGCUUCUCUUUACUAGGAGUGGUUACCUCUGACUGCUUAACACCAUCUUUGUCAUACAUUUCCAGUAACAUAUUCCAUAUUUCCGAUAGAGUAUCCGGCAUGACUUUAUUAGCAUUGGGGAAUGCACUUCCUGAUAUUACUAGUACUUACCAGUCGAUGAAAUCUGGCGUGACUUCCUUGGCCAUUGGUGAGUUAUUUGGUGGCAUAUUUUUUCUGUUAACCGUUGUGAUUGGACUAAUGGGCUGCGUAGCCACUAUUCAAUUUCAACAUGACAAGUCUAUUGAAACUUACACAGAAGAAAGCUUUGACCAAAAUUUAUCGUAUGAUAGAAGCAAUUAUAUAUUGGAUGUCGGAAUAUUCACUUUUAUGCUCUUAGUUUCGGGCACUUUUCUAGCAGAUGGAAGACUGUACUUUUGGGAGUGUAUUGUCAUGGUUUUAACCUACUGCUGUUGUGCUGUCUAUUUAAUAAAAAGCUACAAAUAUCCCUGCGAAAUCAAUGAUGCUUUAGAAAGAGAGGUAGAAAUAAAAAAAACUGUACUUGCAAAUAAUCAUAUCACUGUUCCAAAUCGAUUUACAUUAACGACUACCAGUGACAUUACAUCCACAGACGAUGGAAUAAGAUAUGUAAGGCCUUUGGGGGAUACACAGAUUGAUGAGGACAACGCUAUUAGUUUAGAUCCAACUCGUUUACCAAGUAAAUCCCUGGAUAACAUUUCGAGAUUUAAUCAAGGUAUACCUGAAAGAAGGGAUUUAAUAAGACGUAGAAUACGGGGAUAUUUACGGUCGCAUUAUCAUGGCUGGGUAAGAAUGACGUUACAAGAUCUUUUGAAUAUAUGGGAGAAGCAGAAUCUUUUUAACAAUACAGUAAAAUCGUUGUCUUUACCCUCCGAUGAUACUCAUUUAUUUACUAAAGCUUCUUUAGAUGAAGAAGGGAGGCCUUUAAUAAGAAAAAGGAUGAAUUCAUUACAACCUAAGGAUUUUUACAAAUAUUUGUCCCUACGGAAUGGGGAAAAUUCAAAUGCGCUGGAUACUGCAAUCUCUGCUCCCCAAAACGAGUAUCAAACUUACUAUAAUGAACCCACAAGUUUGUUUUUGACUGUGCCACAAAAAAAAACCUCCAAGAAAUCAUUAAGCUGCGAUCGCAUUCCAAACUUGGUCCGGAGUAAUAAUAUUAUAUUAAAUGACGAGGCUACACGUACACAGGAAUCUACCAAUGCCUUGAACAGCAUAUCAGAUGUUAUCGACAACUCUCUCUUACAGUAUGAGAGAGAUGAUAUAAUUCUCGAUAGAACACUAUCUCUCUGUUCAACAAAGAGUAGAACCGCUUGGCAUAGUUUCCAACUUUACAAUUACUUAACAGAUGUGUCCUUGGAAAUUGGUUUCUUUGAGUUCUUGUCAUUAUUAGUCACUACGCCGGUAUCAAUAAUUCUUUAUCUUUCAAUACCAUCAGAGAUAAGUCAAACAGACCAUGACUUACCCCUUUCAUACCUACAGAAUAUUCAAUUGAUUGCUUCGCCAAUAAUUCUCAACCAACUCAUCACAAAUAACUUUUCAUUUUGGUUGCUCAUCUUAUCGCUGGUGAUAGCCAUCUUAUUAUAUUUUAAAACUAGGACCAUACCGAACAAGUUCAACUCUGAUAUAAUCUUUACAGUAGCAUUUUUAUUGUCAUUGGCCUGUCUUUCGAAAGCUGUCCACAUAAUUGUAGUCACGUUAACGCAUUGGAUAAAUGUGUUUAAUAUAUCGGAAACAAUACUAGGUUUAACCAUUUUUACAUGGGGUAAUUCGAUUGGUGAUUUAGUGUCAAAUAUUACAUUCGUCAAAAUAGGUGUUUUAGAAAUCGCGAUAGGAGCUUGUUUUGGCAGUCCACUUUUAUAUUUCUUAUUUGGCGUCGGAUUUGAUGGAAUUAUGAUAAUGCUAGGCGACAAAACUGGAAAAAUAGUGAGUGGCAGAGAUAGUAAUAUUUUAAUGCAUCAUAUUGAUUUUAAAGUGGAUAAAAACUUAAUCAAUACUGGAGUCGGAAUUCUGAUCGCGUUUUUGAUAUUUACGGUUUUGAUACCAUUAAACGACUGGAAAAUUGACAAGAAGAUUAGUAUUGCACUUCUUACGUUGUAUAUAGUUGUCACAUGUAUUAGUGUUUUUUUAGAAGUUCACCAAGUGUAA